AUGCGACCACGUCAGUAUAUUUUUCUCUUCGGCACGGUGAUCGUGCUGAUCUGCUUCUACACGGUUCUGCGACUGGAAGCACCAUCGCUGCCACUGUCGGCUGUGAAUGGGGGCACCUCCUCAGCAAAGGCCGGCGGCGAUGACGCAAACAAGAAGUCGGCGCCGCCGCCGUUGCCCAAGGCUCCCGACCCCCUGCCGCCGGCGGACAGUCCCAAGACGGCGGCGGCAGGUUCGCACCCGAUGUGGACGCUGAUCAACAAGGCCGAGAAGGAGAUGGAGGAGCUCAAAGGGCGUCAGUCCAAGACGCUGGCGGAAGCUGUGACCGAGUAUCGGCGACGGUACGGGAUCGCGCCGCCGCCGCACUUUGACAAGUGGUUUGCGUUUGCGCAGAAGAACAACGUGCAGCUGGUGGACGAGUUCGACACGAUCCAGGAGCUGCUGACGCCGUUCUGGGGGCUGAAGCCGGCAACGACGCGGGCACGAGCCAAGGAGGCGCUGGGCUACACGAACAACCUCGUGGGCGUGGCGAUUCGUGGCGGCCGGGUGACCAACAUCCAGGGCGGUGGCGACUGGCAGCGGGAGGCGCUGCAGGGGAUGCUGAAGCCCUUUCUCGAGCACCUGCCGGACAUGGACCUCUGCUUCAACACGCACGACGAGCCGCGCGUAGUGGUGCCGCACGAAGACAUGGCGCGGCUGGUGGCAAUGGCCAAGCAGAAGACGAUGCCGGCGGCAGCAGCGGCAGCCGACAGCCCGGGGACGCUGCGCAACAGCUUCUCGACGCGGAUGCCCGGGCUCAACGAUGGCUCCCGCUUCGAGGACACGCCGCUGACGCGCUUCAACGUGUUUGCCCACCAGGCCACCUGGACGCACUCGCGCAUGUCGUGUCCGCCCGAGAGCCCGGCGCGCGCGCUCGAGGAGGACGACCGGCGCGACGACGUGGCGCGCUAUGGUCUGGGCGAGCUCGGCUUCGUCUACAACACGACCGCGCUCUCGGACGUCUGCUACACGCCGUCGCUGAGCGAGACGUUUGGCUUCUUCGACCGGCCCAAUGCCUACAGCGUCGUGCACGACCUUUUCCCCAUCUUCUCGCAGUCUAAGGUCUCGUCGUACGCUGACAUCCUCUACCCGUCGCCCUGGUACUGGUACGCCAAGGUGUCGUAUGACGAGUCGCGCGACCGGCCCUGGGCCCAGAAGGCCGACCAGCUGUACUGGCGCGGCUCGACCACCGGCGGCUUCAGCCGCAACGGCGGCUGGCGCCGCCAGCACCGCCAACGCUUCGUCCAGAAGAUCAACGCCGCCGACCAGGCCCUCAUCAUGGUCAAUGCUGCCGGCGAGGCCGGUGCGGUCGGCGAGGCCGGCGCCCAGCAGUGGGUGGCCAGGCAGGUGGCCCGCAGCGACUUCAAGGAGCUCUUCAACGUGUACUUUUCGCACGUCGGCCAGUGCGAUGACGGCGAUUGCGAGGCCCAGCGCCAGUUCUUCAAAAUCCAGGACCGUGUCGACCAGCAGGACGCCUGGCAGUACAAACACCUCGUCGACCUCGACGGCAAUGCCUUCUCAGGCCGCUUCUACGCCUUUCUGCAGAGCCUCAGCCUCGUCUAUAAGCUGGCCGUCUUCCGGGAGUGGCACUAUGAGUGGCUCAAGCCCUGGGUUCAUUACGUCCCGCUGAGCCUGCGUGGUGACGACUGGCUCGAGGCCGUCCGCUUCUUCAGUGACGGCGCCCUCGGCAAGAAGGAGGCUGAGCGGCUGGCCCUGCAGGGCCGAGACUGGGCCAACAAGGUCGUGCGCAACGUCGACCUUGAGGCCUGGUUCUUCCGCCUGCUCCUAGAGUAUGGUCGCGUCAUCGACGACGACCGGGAAACCAUUGGCUUUUCUGUCUGA